UGGCUGCAUGUUUUUAAAAAGGCAGGCAGGUCUCCAGUUGAUCAGUCUGCUCAGGAAACUUGUGCAGGAGAAAGUACAGAAGACCUGACUCUGAAACGGACAGAACUUCUUUGGUUUUUGAUCCUUCUUGUUUUUGCUCCUGCAGCUUCAGAGGACCUUACUUCAGAAAUAAGAAUAAUAAAAAAGCACAUUUCUUGGUGUUUAAUUCAUUGUGCAGACAGAAAAGCCAGGCUUUCUUCAUGUUUCUCAGCAGAUAGCAGCUCCUGGAUAAAGACUUGGCUUUAACUGUAAAAAUCGGAUUAUCUGACAGACUUUGUCCAUCAGAGCUCCCUCCUCCUCCUCCUCCUCCUCCUCCUCCUCCUCCUCCGAGCCUCUCCGGGCUUUUUAUGCUCCAAGCUGAAGAUGUUUGGGAGUUUCUGCCUCUUGGUGACCUUCAUCCUGGGGGUGUCCCGGUCCUGGGGCUCGUUCGUGCCCUGCGAGCCCUGUGACGACAAGGCUCUGUCCAUGUGCCCCCCGGUGCCGGUCAGCUGCCAGCUGGUGAAGGAGCCCGGCUGCGGCUGCUGCCUGACGUGCGCGCUCACCGAGGGGCAGGCGUGCGGGGUCUACACCGGGACCUGCACCAAGGGGCUCCGCUGCCUGCCCCGGAGCGGCGAGGAGAAGCCCCUGCACGCGCUGCUCCACGGCAGGGGGGUCUGCACCAACGAGAAGGGGUACAAACCUGCCGCCCAGCCUGCAGGUGCAGAGCGGGAGUCCAGGGAACACGAGGAGAGCCUGGCUGCAGACAACACAGGAGACCUGCAGCCGGCCAAAGUGCCCCUUCAUCCCAUCGACAUCGUGAACAGUAAAAAGGUCAUCGCCGUGCGCAAAGAGCAGAAGAGGAAGCUGGGCAGGCAGCGCACCUACAGCGCCACCGUGGAUUACCCACCUCUGACCAUCGACAAGCACGAGCCCGAGUUUGGUCCCUGCAGGAGGAAACUGGACGGGAUCAUUCAGGGGAUGAAGGACACGUCUCGUGUCAUGGCUCUGUCGCUCUACCUUCCAAACUGUGACAGAAAAGGAUUCUUCAAGCGUAAACAGUGCAAACCUUCCCGCGGCCGCAAACGAGGCAUCUGCUGGUGCGUGGACAAGUACGGGGUCCAGCUCCCCGGGACAGACUACAGCGGCGGGGACAUUCAGUGCAAAGACCUGGAGAGCAGCAGCAACGAGUGAAUCCUCCGCCCUCCUUUGCCCCUCCCCCCUCACCUGACCCAGGGCCCAAGCCUCUCUGAAUCACACCUGUAUGCUCCGCCCACUAUUCAAAACUCUUAUUCCACCAAACAAGACAAGAGGGGAACAACAGCCAAAAAAUUAAAUAAAAAAUAAAAUCUCUCCUCUGAAUGAGGGAUCCAGACCCUUUUAAUCGUGGGACAUGGGAUUUAUUUUUACAGAAACUGAGCCUUUCAGUAAAAUACCUUGUGGAGGGAAAAAAUAACACACGGUCAUUAUGGAGAAAAAAACACAUCCUGAUGACAUAAAAUUCAUUACUGUUUUUUUUUAGUCCGUUUUCUUAAAGAAAAUGUUUGUGUUUCUGCUGGAGCACUUCUAAAUAAGGGAUCCUGUGUAGAUUUGUCAACCUUUACAGAAAACGUGUGUGCGUGUGUGCACAGAGUGAACGUGUGUGUCUGAUAAAGAUAAAAUGUUAUUUUUCUGUUUGACUUUUCCCAAAGCGAGUGUUGCGAGCGCUCGACGUGGUCCCGGAGCGGGCCUUUUCGAACGUUGUGGGUCACGGAGCACUCAGGAGGAGUAACGUAGAUCCAGGCCGACUCGUGUAAACCAGCUCUGUGGACGUGUAGCUGUAGCCUGAAACACCAACUGUGCCUACGUGAGCAGCCACGGCCGUGCAGGACUUCCAGCUCUACUGGGGAAAAAAAAAAAAAGACUUGCAGCUGCAGCGACGGGACUCGAGGUUGAUCUCAGAUUAUCGACUUGUGUGAUUUUGUUUUUGUUUCAGAUCAUUUGCGAGUCGGGCCGGUUUCUUCAGCUGAUUUGUGUGAAGUGGUGUCUUGCAUGGUUUUGUUUGUGCCGUUUUCUUUGCCUUCAGUAAAGACGACCCACCUUUUGAGCCAUGUUUCCCCCCUGGGAACAGCACCUCCA